AUGGGAGAGCAGGAUGGUGUGGUGGAUGGUGUCAAAAGCUGCAGUGAGGUCGAGGAGGAUGAGAAUGGUGAGGUGUCCAGAGUGGAGGCAGAGGGGGAGAUGCUGGCGUUGUUCUGUGGGUGCGAGGAGACGGACACGGAGGCGGUGCCGGCUCAGCAGCUCAUCUCCUCCCCCAGAAACUCCCUCAGCGUCUUCUUCUGCUCCGACUUCUCCAAUGAGGAGAGAUACUCCGGCUUCAUGGCUCACUACAGGGCUGUGGAUGUGGACGAGUGCAGCGAGCGCGGAGAUGAAGAUCUGCUCUGCGAUCAUUUCUGUCACAACUACAUCGGAGGAUAUUACUGCUCCUGUCGCUAUGGUUACUUGCUGCACGCCGACAACCGCACCUGUACAGUGGAGUGCAGUGACGGUGUGUUUAAGGAACGCUCCGGUGUUCUGAGCACCGUAGAUUUCCCGUCUCCGUACCCGAAGAGCUCCGAGUGUGUGUACCGGAUCCAGGUGGAGCCGGGCUUCAGGCUCCACCUCCAGUUCGACCCCCGCUUUGACGUGGAGGACCACCCCGACGUCAGCUGCCCCUACGACCACGUCAAGAUUUCAGCGGGUAGCAGUGAGUUCGGUCCGUUCUGUGGAUUUCGAGCUCCAGCUGAGAUUCAGACCGACACCAACGUGGUCACCGUCUUCUUCCACAGCGACAACUCAGGAGAGAACUUGGGCUGGAGGAUCACAUACACAUCUACAGGAAGUAAGUGUCUGGCACCUGAAACCCCGCCCAAUGUCGUGCUGACUCCCGUCCAAUCAGAAUACUCCUUCAGAGAUCACAUCCUGUUCACUUGUUCACCUGGAUACACACUUCUGAAGAGGAGACCCAGGCACAGAACACUAGACUCUGGAAACGGAGAUGGAGACACUCUGGAUCACUAUCAGAUGGACUGUCAGAAUGAUGGAUCGUGGAACAGCAGUCCUCCUCACUGUCAGAUGGUGGAUUGUGGGAGUCCGAAGAUGGUCGCCAUGGCCGACGUGGUGUUUGGUAGUCAUGAGAACAGCACGCUUUUUGGAUCGAUGGUUUUUUACGUCUGCAGCAAGGAGGCCGUCCAGCUCAACACCAGCAACAACUCCUACAGCUGUGGGUUGAGUGGAGAAUGGGUUAAUUCAGAGUCAGGAUCCAGCAGACUGCCCGGCUGUCUAUCAGCCUGCGGCCGGCCCACUCGCUCUCUCCCCGCUCAGGUGAAACGGAUUGUGGGUGGUCGUGGUGCCGAGCCCGGCCUGUUCCCCUGGCAGGUUCUGCUCAGUGUGGAGGAUCUGUCCCGCGUCCCAGAGGACCGCUGGUUCGGCUCUGGUGCCCUUCUGUCCCCGUCCUGGGUCCUCACGGCUGCCCACGUCCUCAGGUCCCAGAGGAGGGACACCAGCGUCGUCCCCGUUGCCCCCGAACACGUCAAGGUGUUCCUCGGCCUCCACGAUGCUGCAGACAAACGUCUGGCCACCAACUGUUCAGUGGAGCAAAUCUUCCUUCAUCCAAACUUCCAACCCAACAACUACAACAACGACAUCGCCCUGCUGAGGCUGAAGGAGCGGGUGGAGUUUACUGAGCUCAUACUGCCUGUGUGUCUGCCUCCACCUCACAACCAGGGUGACCCCCCCUCACCCCUCCCAAACUCUCUGGGUGUAGUUGCCGGUUGGGGAAUCUCCAACUUCAACGCAUCCUCGUCCUCAGGCGACCCCCCCACACUGACAUCUGACCUUCUGCAGUACGUGAAGCUGCCGGUGGUUUCUCAGGACGAGUGUGAGGCGAGCUACACCUCACGCUCCGUCAGUUACAACAUCACCGACAACAUGUUCUGUGCCGGCUUCUUCGAGGGCGGGAGGGACACCUGCCUAGGGGACAGCGGGGGGGCAUUUGUGAUGGAGGACGAGGUCAGCCGGAGGUGGGCGGUGUUUGGACUGGUGUCCUGGGGGGGGCCAGAGGACUGCGGCAGUCAGAGGGUGUACGGGGUUUAUACUCGGGUGGCUAAAUAUGUGGAGUGGAUACAGGAGCAGCUACAAACUGCCCCCUGGUGGUGAGACAGGCAGGCAGACAGACAGACAAGCAGACAGACAGACAAGCAGACAGAAAGGCAGAGAGACAGGUAGUGAGACCUUUUUAAAAAAAAUAUUUUCAUAACUUUUUCAACCAAAGACCUGAACUCCAUUUUCUAUCCCAGAAUGCUUUGUGACACUCCCUCUGUCUUAUUUGUUUUUUGACUCCAACAGGAGAACAGAUGUAGAAAUCAGGCGAAUCUCUGCACUGAAAUGUAUCUUAUACAUUAUGUCAUUUUAUUUUAUACUCCUAUGUAUGAAUUAUAUGAACAUUUUUAUUAAUGAACUGAAAUAAACAAGUUUCUGUAUUUUA